AUGUACAUCCCCAUCGUAUCGUCGUGCGUUCCCCCCGCCACCCCGGGACCACACAAGAACACGGGCUACGCGUUUGUCCGCGCACCAGCGUCCCAACCGCUCGCGCUGCCUUUCCCGAAACGACAGGACGGUUCGCCAGUCCUCAACCUCGAUGAAGUGCAUUUCUCAGUCUACUACCCGACGAGCGAGCACCGUGCUGCCCGCGCACCCACAGUACAGUGGAUGCCCAAGCCCGUGGGCGCCGUCCUCGACGGCUAUGCGGCCUACUUUGGCGGCUGGGGGCCCAAGAUUCUGUCGCGCUUCCAGAUCCCCCUCACGCCCAACGCGCCGCUGCUGAAUCGGGGGGACAAGUACCCGCUCGUCAUUCUCUCGCACGGUCUCUCGGGCACGCGCAACACAUACAGCCAAUUCUGCCAAGCUCUGGCGUCUGAAGGGUACAUUGUCCUCGCUAUCGAACACCGUGACGGCUCAGGACCCAUGUUUGUGACUACCCCGGAGGGAAGCAGUGGAGACACGGGCAAGGUGACAGGCUAUGCUGCCAACCACCUUUUGCAGUGGCAAGGCGAGCGCCCCGAGAUGCUCCGCCUGCGCGGUCUGCAGCUCGACUUUCGCGUUCGCGAAGUCUACGAGGUCUACGCCGCCUUCACCGCCAUGCAGGCCGGCAAGUCGAAAGCGCGCGUCGAGGGCAUGACGGACCAGGAGCGGAUCGGUUUCUUCCAGAGCUUGGGCGAGCAUGUCGACGCCAGUGAUCUCCAGAUGACCGGCCACUCGAUGGGCGGCGGCACGACCAUCCGCCUCCUCCAGACGGCCCCGCCAGAUGGGUUCGACGCACUGCCUCUCAAACACGCCGUGACGCUCGACCCGUGGCUCCUGCCCUUCCCGCACGCCGACUCGAUGCCCGACGCCAAGAUGCCCCCUCCCCCGCUGCUCUCCAUCAACUCGCAAGGGUACUCGGAAUGGCAGCCCCACUUCCACGACGUCGUCAACGUGUCGCGCGACCUGGGCGGAUCGCUCGUCACCAUCAUCGGCAUCAACCACGAAGGCUUCUCAGACGAACACGUCAUUGCCAGCUUGCGGUACACCCGCGCCCAGGACCUGCUGAGCACGAUCCACAAGCUCACCAUGGCGAACUUUACAGACAGCGUCGCAGACUCGCCUCUUGUGAGAACCCACGAGCCCGACGAGGGCAACUGGCCAGCAAAGGACAGGGCCCACAAGAAGAUGCGCGGGUCGUUUGGCGAUGUCAUUGUGCACCUCGUCUAA